AUGUUUCAGCCCUUCUUCUGCGGCGCUUUCGAUCAUGAAGACAAAGAUGAUCGAAAGAAACCGAGAAGAAACAGCUUCUUUAAGAGUAAAGGCCGUAAGAAAGACGACAGGAAUCCGUAUGCCGAUCUUGGCCUCGACAAAUUUUCCGCACUUUUAGCCGAACUCGAAGAGAAGAAGCAAAAGAUUUACUCACAAACAGGCUCACAAGACAUAUCAUUGGUUCGUUUCAGGUUUAAAAACUCGACGGAUAUCGUACCGAUCGUGGUGAAGAUCAAAGACAAGAAAGAAGAAGCAAAAAAUAAGAUUGUUGAUUGUAACACAACCCGAGAUCAUUCAGAGAUCUUCGAUAAACACCCGGUCCAAGACUCAGUCGAAGGGAAACAAGUAAUCAAGAAGAUACCAUCGGGAUUGCAAUCAUUUAUUGACCAGAAGAGGAAAAAGAAGAGCUUCUCGUGGAAUUUGGAGCUGCAUCAACGGAGGCGGCCUUCUUACUAUGUACCAGCAAUCCUAGUUUUGAUUUUGUUGCUGCUGGUGUUCUUCGGAAGAUCGGUUUCGAUACUGUUUACAUGUAUUGCAUGGUAUACGGCUCCUUCAAUACAAGGAGUUACAGUAAGAAGAAAGUUUAUGUGA